CUGACGACACAGUGACGCAGACACAACAAUUGCAAUCGAUAACAAACAAAAAAACCAUGAUUUUCACCCUCACCUUUGCUUUAAUUUUCAACUACCACUUCCUAUUUUCCUCCUAUCCUAAUGAGAAAAACUCGAAGUCGAAAAAAGUAUUGACGCACAGAAGAAACUAAUCCUGGAGCGAGUUUUUGUACAGCUGCUGUAAGAAUGAAAUUUAACUUUCUUGGCUACAUUUUUUUCCCCCUCUUUAUUUUCUCAUUUCCGCCCCUACUACCCCUUUAAUUUCCCAUUUUCAAAUUAUCCAGUGCGCUUUAAUUUAUCAACAACUACAAAAAAAAACAAGCAGAUGCUAUUACUGCUUCUCACGCUUUGGAGAUUGAUGAACAUCUCUCCUCUCACCCCUUUUUUCUGUAUCCAUUGAGAUAAUUGUGUGCGUGAAUCCCCUCCCACCUUUCCUUCACCUUAUAUAAUGUCUCGUAUGAAUCUGUCUGCAGGAUCAAGUAAAACAAAAAAAAAAGAAAAUCGUGAAAAAGGAAAUAAAGAAAGAGUUGUACGAAGAAAAACAAACACAUGUGUACGAACGUCACAGCAAAUGGCUCACGUCAUAUUCACCCGUAUGGGCGGAGUCCCGUGAAAACGAAAUGCAGGUAAGUUGUUCUACUUAAUAUAAUUGACAGUUACGCAGAUGUACGGCAGCUCGUGAACGAGUUCGGAUGGAUCAAAACAACGCGGGUGUAGAAUUACGACAACUUUUCCAAGCCUGCGAUCGCCAUCAAAGAGGUUACAUCGAUCGCCAUGAAUUCGGACAACUUUGCGCGUCGUUUCACAUUGAUCCGGCCGACGUGGACGUCAUCUUCGAUGACCUAGAUCGAGAUCGUGAUCAACGUAUUAGUUUAGAUGAUUUCAGUCAAGGAUUUCGUGAUUUCCUCGAGCCCGGAAGAGCGGAAGAACAGCGUGAUGAUAAACCGAAUGUCUCAUCACGUCGUCGGCUAAAGAAACAAGCGACGUUGAAAGCCUGGCGAGAGUUUUCCGACAGACUGGGCCAUGCCACGAUCCGUCAAUUUCUGGCACAUAGCGCUGAUCAUCUGUACGGUCUUUAUGAAGAGUUGCAGGAAAGCGAAGCUCCUGCCCAGCUCAUCAGUCAUUUCGAAAGUUUAAUGGAAAGUCUCGUGUCGGAUGCCCGUCAAGUGGAGCGGGAACGCGAGAAAUUCGACGAGGCGAUUCGUCGCGAACGGGAACAACAUCAAGUUCACCUGAGAAGUUUGGAAGAAGAGCUGGAAAUCCAGGUGCAACGGGUGGCGCAAGUAGUCAAGAACGAAGCGGAAGUCAAAUGCGAGGCGGAAAAGCGAGCUCUGCAGCACAAUCUCGAAUCGGAAAUUGCCCAGCUGCAGACUCACUUGCGUCUCUUCCAGAAAGUGGAAAAUUGGCUGAAUCGGGAACAACAGGAGGCUCAGACACGCGAUCAGCAGGAGGCCGUCGAACGGGCUUCCACUGAGAAUCGCCAGUUAAAACUCUCACUGGUCGAUGCUCAGACCACACUGGCCCUCCUGCAAACUGAAUUGUCGCAAUUGAAAUCUCAGUACUUUGAAAAGGAUAGGCUUCUCUAUAGUGAAAAGGAGGCCAUGUUGGAUUUGGUCGGCCACCAAGAACACGUCCAGCGCCAACUGGAAUUGCUCCAUGAUGCUAACCGUCAGCUGCAAGAUACGAAUGAUUCUCUAAGAGCACACGUUGAUAUUGGAACUCUACGACGAUCGCCCGUUGGCUUUCUUUUCACUCGGCCGUCUUCCAGACAAGAUUCCAAUUCCAGCUAUUGCUUGCCACUGCCAACGGAUGAGGAAGUCACGUUCAUAACUGGAGAUAGCGGCCAUAGUUCGUUGAUGUGCAGUGAGCAAAAUGAGCACAUGCUGGAAAGAGUGGGCUCCUUGAGACGGAGUCACAGUUUCCGAGCACCUCAACCGCCAUCUUUACGUAACGAGUUACACCUGGCCACGUCUUCCCCUGUUUCAUCUCAGAAAUUCAAUCAUUUUCAGCCGAUAAUUAAGGUGAAUAAUCAAGUCACCAGCGACAACAGAUUUCGUUCGUUAGACGAAUGGGAACCCACUGGCCCGGCCGACCGGACAUUUAAAAUAAUUUUUGCUGGAGAUUCCGCUGUAGGCAAAUCCAGUUUCAUUUCUCGGCUACACGAAGGCGUAUUCGUCAGUAACACAACAACGACCUUGGGUGUUGAUUACAAAGUGAAAACAAUUCGAGUAGACGAACGUAACGUUGCUGUUCAAUUAUGGGACACUGCAGGUCAAGAACGAUUCAGAUCUAUAACGCAGUCUUACUAUCGUAAAGCGGACGGUGUCAUGUUAUUGUUUGACGUCAGCAACGAACGUAGUUUCCUUAACAUUCGUCAUUGGGCCGAUUGUCUGAACGAUUGUUUGACUCGUGACCAACGCAAUUUACCGCUAGUCGUUUGUGGUACUAAAGCGGAUUUACGUCCGUCGUCAGAACAUCAAGGGCUGUCGUGCGUUCAACCCAUUCAAGCUCAACGAUUGGCUGCUCAAAUGAAGGCUCAGUAUAUCGAGACGAGCGCUAAGACGGGCAGCAAUUUGCUGGAAGCUCUAGUCAUCCUGACAAGGCAAAUGAUGAUCAUGCAAGACGAUGAAGUACAAACAUCAGGUUUACGGCUAACAGACCGUCGUAGUAUAUUAAAUUGUUGCAGCCGUAAUUGAAUAUAAAAAACGAGAGGUAUCUCAUUUGCUUGGGGAUUUCUUGUUUAUAAA